AUGCCGAGUCAAGAACAUAUGAAUUUUAUUAAUAAAUUAAAUGAUUCUAAAAUUCCACGACAAAAUCAAUUAAUCGCUAAUCGUUUAUUUAUGAAAAAUUUUCCUCGUGAAACAACUGGUGCUGAAAUUGAAAAAUGUUUUUCAUCAUUUGGUGCUAUUCAUGAUGUGAAAAUAAUUGCGAAAGAAAAUACACGUUUUGCAUUUAUUUCAUUUGUAAAUGAAAAUACUGCAUUAGAUAUACUACGUCAACAUGCAAUUGUACCACUUACAUUCCAAAAUCAACCGAUUGUUUUAGCACCUGCAUAUAAAAAAAAUAACAUGUCUUCAUUAACAAGUCCUACAUCUUACUGUCCUACUAGUGGUUCAACAAUGACACCACCACCAACACCUUCACGAUCAGCAGUAAAUGGAAUGUCUCAACAGCCAUCAACUCCAUAUCAUCAGCAUCAACAACAGCAACAACAACAACAACAAAUGUCAGCGGUACAUCCUGUUUAUCCGCAAAUGUUUUUUCCUAUGCAAGCAAAUAUGCCAUUUAUGCCAAUGGCUGGUACCUAUAUAAUACCUCAAGGUCCAUCAUCACCGCAUCAUCCGCAAUUACCACCGUCUUUCUAUCCAACAUUUUAUACUCAAAAUGGUGCACAUCAAUCAGGUGGACAAUUGUUCAAUGGACAUGCCUAUCUUCCAUCUCCAUAUAUGUAUUCUAUGGGUCCACCAUCUAUGCCAGGACAAUAUCAAACAACGACAACAUCAUCAAAUGAUAUGUCUAUGACAAGCGAAUAUUGA